CGUUGCAGGUAAAUAUCAUAAAUUUUGUUAUUUUGAAUGAAUUCCCAAUCGUUGUUGAUGAGAUUGAGAUGUGGGUAUUCUUGCUUUAAGACUAUACAAUUUUUGUUUUUGUUUUUGUGCUGAGUGAUGGCACUGAGGUUGAAUCAUUAUCUACUGGAAAAGGUUUUAGCUUCCCAUUUCUAUGCUAACCAUUUAUCUUGUAUUGCUCUGAGUCUGUAUUCUGCAAGAAAUUCUGUUUCUGGUUCUUAUUCAACCACUAAUUUUGAAGCUCAACGUGAGGGUAAGUGCAACAUUAGGAAUUUCAAUGAUGGUUUAGGGAAAGUGGGUUCUGGGUUUCCAGGGGAAUUAUGUUUUGCUGCAAGUAUCAAUGAUGUUGUAAAAGAAGAAAAGGAAGAAGAUGAAGAGGGUGAAGGAGAGAGGGCUAGUGAUGAUGAUGAUGAUGAUGAUGAUAGUCUUGAGUUUAUCAGCUCCUUUCGUGGCAAUUACAAACAGAGAGAAAAUAUUGCAAGACUUGAAAUUGAUGAGAGUGAAUUCAGACACCCUUUGGUUAAGGAGGUUUGUAGGUUAAUUGCACUCAGGUCUGCUUGGAACCCAAAACUUGAAGGACAUUUGAGGCACUUGUUAAGAAGCCUCAAGCCCCCACAUGUUUGUGCUGUUUUGCGCUCUCAAGUUGAUGAACGUGUUGCUUUGAGUUUUUUCUACUGGGCUGAUCGGCAGUGGCGCUACAAACAUGACCCUAUUGUCUACUAUACAAUGCUGGAUGUCCUUAGCAAGACUAAAUUAUGCCAAGGUGCAAGGCGGAUUCUUCGGCUUAUGACCCGCCGUGGAAUUGAAUGUACACCUGAAGCUUUUGGCUACGUGAUGGUAUCUUAUAGUCGUGCGGGAAAGUUGAGGAAUGCCAUGCGAAUUUUGACCUUGAUGCAGAAAGCUGGAGUUGAACCUAAUUUAUCUAUAUGUAACACUGCUCUCUAUGUUUUGGUGAAGGGCAAUAAAUUGGAAAAGGGACUGAGAUUCUUGGAACGAAUGCAGCUGGCUGGAAUCAAACCCAAUAUUGUCACUUAUAACUGCUUGAUCAAGGGUUACUGUGAUUUACGUGGGAUUAAAGAUGCAUUGAAGCUUAUUGCAGAAAUGCCAUCCAAGGGAUGCCCUCCAGAUAAAGUUAGUUAUUAUACUGUGAUGGCUUUCCUCUGUGAGGAGAAAAAAAUUGAAGAAGUGAAGCAUUUAAUGGAGAACAUGGUUCAGAGUGGUAAAUUAAUACCAGAUCAGGUUACAUAUAAUACACUUAUCCACGCGCUUUCAAAGCAUGGACAUGCAGAUGAUGCUCUUGCUUUCUUAAGGGAAGCAGAAGACAAGGGUUUCCACAUUGAUAAGGUUGGGUAUAGUGCAGUGGUUCACUCCUUCUGUAAGAAGGGGAGGAUGGGUGAGGCAAAGAGUUUAGUGAUCGAUAUGUACUCAAGAGGCUGUAAUCCUGAUGUAGUGACAUAUACUGCUAUAAUUGAUGGAUUUUGUCGCAUGGGGAAGAUAGACGAAGCAAAAAAGAUGCUGCAACAGAUGUACAAACAUGGGUGCAAGCCAAAUACUGUAUCAUAUACAGCUUUGUUGAAUGGGCUCUGUCACAAUGGAAAAUCAUUAGAGGCGAGGGAGAUGAUUAAUGUAAGUGAGGAGCAUUGGUGGACCCCAAAUGCCAUCACUUACAGUGCCGUGAUGCAUGGGUUCCGUAGGGAGGGAAAAUUGUCUGAAGCCUGUGAUUUGACCAGGGAAAUGAUUAAAAAAGGUUUUUUUCCAAAUCCAGUUGAAAUAAACCUGCUAUUACAGUCUCUCUGUCAAAAUCAGAAAGUAGUAGAAGCUAAAAAAUAUUUAGAAGAAUGUCUGAAUAAGGGCUGUGCCAUUAAUGUUGUAAACUUUACUACUGUAAUUCACGGUUUUUGUCAGAUCGGUGACUUGGAAGCUGCUCUAUCAGUGCUAGAUGACAUGUAUCUAAGCAACAAACAUCCUGAUGCUGUCACAUAUACAGCAUUGUUUGAUGCAUUGGGGAAGAAAGGUAGACUGGACGAGGCUGCUGAGUUAAUUGUGAAGAUGCUCGGCAAAGGUUUGGAUCCUACCCCUGUAACAUACAGGACAGUCAUCCACUGUUAUUGUCAAUGGGGUAGAGUAGAUGAUAUGCUGAAGUUAUUGGAAAAAAUGCUUGCUAGGCAACCAUUUGGAACAGUAUACAAUCAAGUUAUUGAGAAGCUUUGUGAUUUUGGGAACCUUGAGGAGGCUGAGAAACUUCUAGGGAAGGUUUUGAGAACUGCAUCAAAAGUUGAUGCUAAUACAUGCCAUGUUCUGAUGGAAAGCUAUCUGAAAAAAGGGGUUGUUCUAUCAGCAUAUAAAGUGGCUUGUAAAAUGUUUAGACGUAAUUUGGUUCCUGAUCUGAAGUUGUGUGAGAAAGUGAGCAAGAGACUGAUGGUAGAUGGUAAGAUGGUGGAGGCUGAUAACCUUAUGUUACGAUUUGUUGAGCGUGGAUUACAACAAAAUGAGAUGCAUUUGUGAAGUUAGCUGUUCUUCUAAGCUUAAACGUCAUAUUGAUGGAUCCAUUUUCAAAUCCGUUUAUCAUUUCCCUUUGUUGGUAUUCCAUCUUGUUGCGUUUAGUGUGGUAAGGCAUUUUUGUUUUUUGGAGGGGGGAAAAUGAUUUUGUUUUAAGAAUGUAAAUUUCAUUCAUAUAAUUAUUUAUGUAUUUGGUUUAGAUGAUUUUUUCAUUAAGUUCAGUUACAGAUAACAGAUUGCUUUCUCUUUAG